UCUACCCCAUUUUUGUGUUCUUUUCACUGCUCCAAUGGAGGAAAAUUCCAGCCUUGUCGCGGAAUCAACUCUCACAGACGCCAUGGAAGCAGAGCCUCAACAAGAAGAAAGAGACCCAGAAAGCAAUCCCUUGAACGAACCCCUUCUCAAGAGAAGCAGAACUCUCUCUUCUAGUCCUCUUGCCAUUGUUGGGGCCAAGGUUUCUCUGAUUGAAAGCUUGGAUUACGAGAUCAAUGAGAACGAUCUGUUUAAGCACGAUUGGAGAAGCAGAUCCAAAGUUCAAGUGUUGCAGUACAUAUUCUCCAAAUGGACAUUGGCUUGUCUUGUUGGACUUCUUACAGGGAUCAUUGCCACUCUCAUCAAUCUCGCCAUUGAAAAUAUUGCUGGCUACAAGCUUUUGAAAGUGGUCGGUUACAUCAAAGAAGAAAGGUACCUAAUGGGAUUCGCCUACUUUACCACUGCAAAUUUCCUUCUCACUUUUGUUGCUGCUGUUCUCUGUGUAUGCUUUGCUCCCACCGCCGCUGGGCCUGGCAUACCAGAAAUCAAAGCCUAUCUCAAUGGCAUAGAUACUCCUAAUAUGUUCGGCGCCACCACGUUGAUCGUUAAGAUUAUUGGGAGCAUUGGAGCAGUGGCAGCAGGGCUAGAUCUUGGGAAAGAAGGGCCUCUAGUACACAUUGGCAGCUGCAUUGCUUCUUUACUUGGACAGGGCGGUCCGGAUAACUAUCGAGUCAAAUGGACAUGGCUACGCUAUUUCAACAACGAUCGUGAUCGUCGGGAUCUUAUCACAUGCGGAGCGUCAUCAGGGGUUUGUGCAGCUUUCCGAGCCCCGGUCGGGGGUGUUCUAUUUGCCCUAGAAGAGGUGGCUACAUGGUGGAGGAGUGCCCUGCUGUGGAGGACCUUUUUCAGCACAGCCAUUGUUGUGGUGGUGCUGAGAACUUUCAUUGAAAUAUGCAAGGCAGGUGAGUGUGGGCUGUUCGGAGAAGGAGGGCUUAUUAUGUUUGAUGUCAGUAGUGUUUCUGUUAGCUACCAUAUCAUGGAUAUCAUACCAGUUGCUAUCAUUGGCCUUCUUGGUGGGUUCCUUGGAAGCCUUUACAAUCAUCUUCUGCACAAAAUCCUCAGAGUUUACAACCUCAUCAAUCAGAAGGGAAAAAUGCACAAACUGUUACUGAGCCUAGGAGUAUCACUCUUCACUUCAAUCUGCCAAUACAGUCUGCCAUACCUUGGCCAAUGCACCCCUUGCAACCCUUCUUUUCCAGGUUCCGCCUGCCCCACCAAUGGCCGCUCCGGCAACUUCAAGCAAUUCAACUGUCCUAAAGGCCAUUACAACGACCUCGCCACCCUUCUCCUCGCCACCAACGACGACGCCGUUCGAAACAUCUUCUCCACCAACACUUCCACCGAGUACCAGCCCCUUUCCCUCGUCAUCUUCUUCCUCCUCUACUGCGUCUUAGGGCUUAUCACUUUCGGCAUCGCCGUCCCCUCCGGUCUCUUCCUUCCGAUCAUUUUGAUGGGCUCUGGCUAUGGCCGUCUCAUCGGCCUCCUCAUGCGGCCCUACUCCGAUCUUGAUCAGGGACUUUUGGCUGUUCUCGGUGCUGCCUCCUUAAUGGCCGGCUCCAUGCGGAUGACCGUUUCCCUCUGCGUUAUAUUCCUCGAGCUCACCAACAAUCUCCUUCUACUUCCGAUUACGAUGAUUGUCCUUCUGAUUGGAAAAACCGUCGGGGACUGUUUUAACCCUAGUAUUUAUGACAUCAUUCUACAUCUGAAGGGGCUUCCGUUCUUGGACGCGAAUCCGGAGACGUGGAUGAGGAACAUCACGGUGGGCGAACUGGCUGACGCAAAGCCGGCGGUGGUGACGCUGCGGGGAUUGGAGAAAGUGUCCCGCAUUGUGGAGGUUCUUAAGAACACGACGCAUAACGGGUUCCCUGUUGUGGACUCGGACGCAGUGGUGCCGCCAGUGGGGAUGGCAGUGGGGGCGACGGAGCUGCACGGGCUAGUGCUGAGAGCGCAUUUGCUGCAGGUGCUGAAAAAGAAAUGGUUCUUGAGAGAGAAGAGAAGAACAGAGGAAUGGGAGGUGAGGGAGAAGUUUACAUGGGUGGAAUUGGCGGAGAGGGAAGGGAAGAUUGAGGAGCUUGCAGUGAAGAAGGAGGAGAUGGAUAUGUACGUUGAUCUUCAUCCUCUUACCAACACUACGCCUUAUACAGUAAUGGAGAGCAUGUCUGUGGCCAAAGCUCUGGUUCUGUUCCGCCAAGUGGGGCUCCGCCAUUUGCUCAUCGUGCCCAAGUAUGAAGCUGCUGGGGCUCCGCCAGUAAUUGGGAUUUUGACGAGGCAGGACUUGAGGCCGUACAACAUUCUGAGUGCGUUCCCUCAUCUUGCCAAGAUCAAAGGCAACGAAAAACGGAACUGAACUCUCAGAUUUGUCUCAUUCAUGAUUCAUCAACAGACACAUACUCUCCACACACAUAUUCCAACCUCUGCUUUUCUGCUGCAUUUCUUCAUAUCAUUGCUUCUAUACUUUCCUCUUUUCUUCACCAAUUUUGGCUUCUAUUUAUUCAAUUUUACAAUAAGCAAAAGGAUUCUCCAUUUAUUC